GCUUUCAUAUCCCAAAUGUUUUCACAAUAUAUCAAAACUCUUGGCAAAUAAAAUUCCCAGAUGAUUCUGAACUUUUUGUGAAGACCUCUAAAAUAGACAAAGAGUCUGAUUUCUCUAGAUUCCGAAAAUAAAAAUUAUAGGGAAACAGUAAAUAAAAUGUCAAAUAGGACCUUCAAAUGAAAUCAUUAUGAGGACUGUAAUAAUAUUUCCUUCUACAUUCUACCUGAAGUCUGUAAAACUUUAUGACUUCCGCACAGAUUCGAUGAGCCAUAUCGCCAUUAUUCUAAGUUUGAACCCUUGUACAGGUUUACAUUUAAGAAGCUAGCAGAUGUUGUUGAUGUUCUACAACAGCAUCAUUUUCCUUCUUAUGCUUAUGAAUCCAGCCAUUAUAAAGAUAUUGAUAAGCAAGAAGCUGUUUAUGAAAUUAAAAUUUUUUGAUAUCGUUAUAGCUUCAUAAUAAGUGAGAUUAUUUCAAAGUGAUAUUCACAUCGCUUAGACUUGAAAACAAGAAUAGGGAGCAACAAUUCAGAUCAUGGAGCACAUAGUAUUUUUAUGAGAUUCUCAAACGAUAAGGAAUUAAUUAUUCUUUCAAAAAUAUUAAAUGCACAAUACCUUAAUAAUAUUGAAGAUAGUUUUGAAUUUCAAGAUAGAGCUCUUAAAAUACAGAUUUUUCGAGAAAUAGAAACUAAAGAUUUUCAUAUAAGUGAUCAUGAUCCGGAUAAACAAAAGAAAUUUGAUAGAGUGAUUAAGUAUUUAAAAAACAAUACAAUUUACAAUGAGAAUACAGACAAGCUAAAAGAAUUAAAUCUACGCUAUGUUAAAGAUGAUUACUGGAAAUCCUUUUCUUUCAGACUAAACCAACAAGACAAUCCACUUUUGAGGAAUAGAAGAAAUUCAUUGAAUAUUUACCAAUCACAAAAUUGAAAACCCUUAAUAAAAGUAAAAGAAUGAUCUCAAGAGUCAGAGACUAAAAUUCUCCAGACAGAUUUGAAGCAAAACUGAAAUACUAUAGUCCCAGCUUGUGAAAAAAUAUCUGAGCUUAAAGAAGAUUCAUUUUCAAAAGUUGAAUGAGAAAGGUUAACAAAAUCACCAAAUAUUAGCAAAGAAGUUACUAAAAACAAUAAAAUUGAAGAAUCAAAGAAUUCUCUAGACAAUGAAGCGCAAUUAGGACUUGGAGAUAUUUGCCCCGAUAGUUCUAGCUCACAAUCUAUUUGCACCUCGAGUACAAAUAGUAUGGUAUUCAAGGUUCUGGAUUUACCUCUGUCCCUAGACACUGACAAAAGACUCAAGGAGUCAGAAACCAGCCAUAAAUCUGGAGAUGAUUAUUCUGAAGUAUCGAGAUUAGGAAAUAUUGAUCCAUCCAAUUCAGAGAAUGCCUCCCAACAAAUAGGUGAAAAAUAUGGUCCUGAAGAAAUUAGAGAAAUGGUGUCUGAGAUAAAACAGAGAGUUAUAGAGCAUAGAAAAUAUUGAUGGCCUCAUAGAUUCAUUUCAUUAUCUCAUUUCAUUCUCAGCAAAAUGCUUAUUGAUCUUGAACAGGGAGGGCCUAUUUCUUCCUUGAUUCCUGAAUAUGAUUGCUCAGACCCUGUAGAAUGCAAACAACUGUUUUCCUUAUGAUGAGAUCCUUUUAGUUAUAAUAUGAAUAGUCUACUUAUUGAUUUCGGUUUUGAUAGGACUCUUGAAGUAGUAUCCCAACUUAAGGCCAGAAUAGCUUCUUUCGAAAGACUAUAUAUGUACCGAGUCCUGAAAGAUAAUGCUGAUAUAAAGAAGUUACUGUCUCACUACUUCUCAGAAGAAUGAGACUCUCUAUGGUUUAAUUUUUCGAGUACAAAGCUAAUAAAUUUUAGUUAUUAUCAUGAAGCUUUCCUUCAAGCAAUCUCAAGAGUUAACGAAGAAGUUUCAAUUUACAAAUGAAGCCUGACUCAAGAUGAAAUGAUCAAUGCUAUGGUAAAAGGCAAGAGUCUCCAUACUUUUAAAUUUAGUUCUUGAGAACUCGAUCUUGAUUCAGUCCCAAAAUUUGGAAAUUCUUUGAAAGGUUCGAAGAUAAAAUGAUUUUUGCUUAAUUGGAUAGAUUUUUCUCAGGAUAUUAAAAAACUACAGAACUUUGUAGAAGGAAUGGCUCAGUCUGAAGGGUUUCUUGACAAUUUACAAGAGAUUGAUCUCAGACAUUGUAAAAUUUCUGAAGAGCAAGUAAAUGAAAUACUUGGAAAAUACAUUGACACACAAAACUUGAAAAUAAUUUGCAAAGAUGAUUAA